AUGGGUUCUUCUAAUGACAAGCCAGCUUCAAACUCGAAUCCAGAGGGCAGCAAGCCAAAACCUUGUUGCGUGUGCAAGCCUGAAAAGGAGGAGAGAGACACUUGUUUACUAUUCAAUGGCCAGGAUUCAGGAAAAUGCGAUGAAAUAAUAGCCAAGUACAAAAAGUGCAUGAAAGGUUACGGAUUCACCGUAUAG